UUGCGUUUCUUUCGUUGAUUUGUGCCGGAGCGUCUUCUCUCCGGCUCCGUUCGCGAUCCCAAUUCCGUUCGCUCCCGGUUUCCGUGGCUCAAUUCCAGAUUGAUAUCUCGUCCUGGUGUCGAAUUUCUCAUUCUGGCUUUUCGCUUCCUUAGGUUGUGGGGAUGUCCUUUCGGCUGCGGAGUCUACCCCCAGUUGUACUGGAAUUUGGUGGUUUCCCGGGUUGCUGUAAUAUUUUCCUGCGGCAAGAUGUCCCCGGUCGUGCUGAAACCAGAGCUUCGCCAUGCGAAAUGCAUUGGUAGUUAGGGUUUUGUAUUGUUGCGAGCCUAUUUGCUUGAUAACGUUGCCGUGGCUAGGCAAUUUCAAUGUGUGGAUAUUCCCUCUAGAAAGAACUGAUAAAUAGGAAGGGAGGCGGUAUGUAGAAUUCCUUGUGGUGUUGUUCUUGUCGCUGGUGUUGUCUUUUAUGCUUGUGGUUGAUUUUGGAUUUAAGAACUUGGCCAACAAACGUAAAAGAGGGAAGAAGAUUUCCCCGCCUUUCCCUUCUAGAAGUGAAGAGGUUGUCCAUACAAUUAUUGCAUGGGUAAUAAACUGGGAAGGAGGAGACAGGUAGUGGAUGAGAAAUAUACAAAGCCUCAAGGGCUGUACCAUCAUAAAGAUGUGGACAUUAAGAGGCUCAGGAAACUCAUUCUUGAAUCCAAGCUUGCUCCAUGCUAUCCGGGUGACGAAGACAGCACAUGUGAUCUCGAAGAAUGCCCAAUUUGCUUCUUGUUCUACCCUAGCCUUAACCGAUCCAGAUGUUGCACAAAAGGCAUUUGUACUGAGUGUUUUCUGCAAAUGAAGGUUCCUAAUUCAACUCGCCCCACGCCGUGCCCAUUUUGCAAAACCUCGAAUUAUGCAGUGGAAUAUCGGGGUGUGAAAACAAAGGAGGAAAAGGGCAUUGAGCAAAUUGAGGAACAGCGUGUAAUAGAAGCAAAGAUCAGGAUGCGACAAAAGGAACUCCAGGAUGAGGAAGAGCGGAUGCAGAAGAGACAAGAUUUAAGUUCCUCUAGCAGAACUAUGGGAGAGGUUGAUCAUGGCUCAAUUGGAGUUCUGUCUAGCAGAUCUCCUGUAGAUGAAGAAGAAAUUGUUUCUGCUGAUCAGUCUUGUUCUACUUCCAUGACUAGACAGCCUCCCCACCUAAGGACUAACAGGGAUGAUGAAUUUGAUCUGGAUCUUGAGGACAUAAUGGUUAUGGAAGCAAUCUGGCUUUCCAUUCAGAAUCAGGAGAAUGGCAAGCAUAAAGGCCUUGCUCAAAGUGAGGCUGCUCCUUCUGAACAGUAUGUCUCGGAAGACCACUAUGUUUCCCAAGCCACUGCUCCAUUGGCAGGGUCUGCGUCAUCUCCAUCUGGUGGACUUGCCUGUGCAAUAGCUGCCCUUGCUGAGCGGCAACAGACAAGUGGAGAAUCCUCAUUUAACCACAACACUACUAUGUCAACAUACAAUGUGCUUCCAAAUUGUGGUCAGUUUUACCCAAAUGCAGUACAAGCUUCGGACAGUUAUGCUGCCCCAGAGGGCGGAACGGAACUUGCGCAUGGGGGAGGGAUUCCCAUGGCAAGGGAUGAUGGUGAAUGGAACAUGGACCGUGGGUCUGAAGUUGCUGAAGCGGGGACCAGCUAUGCAAGUUCUGAUUCACCAGAAGACGCAGGUGGGAUUUCUGCUUUACCACAAUCGAAUGAAGUUGAUGCGGGCUUUCAAAAUCUUCCCGCUCCCAUCGUUCCAGAGAGUUUCGAGGAGCAAAUGAUGCUUGCAAUGGCAGUUUCUCUGGCUGAGGCUCGGGCUGUGGCCAGUGGACCUGGGGUUACAUGGCAGUAGUUCUUUUAUUUUUAGAGUAGAUUGGUUGUUGGUAGUUGAUGUUUCUUGGACAGGCAAUGCUGGUCAUGGCUAUUUUUCAGCCGAGUCUCUCUGACGAGGAGGCCACAAGGAGAUGCUUGCUACUUGCUGAAGUCGAAAGGUAUUGAUCUCUCAUCUCUUCCAUUCUCAGUAUACAGAUGUAAAAGGAGAACCGAUUAUUCUAGUUAAAUGAAAGCUUGCCAGUUAUGCUUGUUGUAA